AUGGACACCUUGGCUACCAUCUGGGAUGCCUUCAUACAUGUCGUUGAUCCAUGGCGCUUCAUGAGCAUCUCUUUCCGUCAUAUACCCGCCACCAUACGGGGUCUCAUCCAUGAAAAGGAUUAUGGAGCUCUGCUCUCGUUUGCAAGAUUCGAAGAAGCUCUCUUUGGCACAUUCUGGGCCACCAUCGGGCCGAAUGUCAAGCUUAAUGCAGAGCAGCGCGUCAUUCCUCUCCUUGAAGGUCGUAUCAAAGAUGGUGUCGUUCAUGAUGAAGUCGUGAGCACCCCAGUAUAUGGUACGGUCCUCGAGGUCGGUGCCGGAAGUGGCAUGUAUGCCGACGUUUUUGCCCGUUUUCGCGAAGGUGCCGAUAGCGCCCACGACAACGAAAGCCUUCGACACAGAAAAACCACAGGUGGCCACAUCACCAAGAUGUACGGCGUCGAGCCCAACCCCAUUUCCGCCAAAGCGCUCGGACAACGUGUAAAGGACCUCGGUAUGGACGAUAUAUAUCACGUCGUCCCUGUCGGUAUCGAAUCUGUCGACGACCCCUCCGCCUGGAAUGGCAAGAUCGAGCCAGGCAGCGUUGACUGCAUCGUCAGCAUCCUUUGUCUCUGCAGUAUCCCCGAGCCUGAGAAGAACAUCAAGCUUCUGUACAACCUGCUCAAGCCAGGAGGCCGCUGGUACGCCUAUGAGCACGUCAAGGCUUUGUCAACCUCGUCUGGCCACACUUUUUAG